ACCAAAAUAUUGUAGCUACGGGGUUGUGUACAAAAUCUAGUCUAGGGUUUAGCGAUCUAGAAAUCUAGAUGUAGACAUUGUAGACAAGAUCUAUUUCUAAUGUAGAUCUAGAACUCAAUAGAUCUGAUAUUUCAAAAUGAUAUCUUUUUAUUAAAUGUUUAGUUUCUCUUAAUUAAGAGGUUUCAAAUCACCAUGAAAUGAUCAAUCAUCAUUGUCAUUGACUUCAUUGAGUUAUUGAGCCUCUCAUUGAUGAGAUUAUCAUCAACAAUCAUGAUAAUGAUGACAUAAUCAUAAUGCCAAUAUAAUGUAAUCUGCAUGAUAAUUAUAAAUAUUAAAAUAAAUAAUAUCAAUCAUGAUAAUAAAUAUUAUAUUAUAAUCAUGACAAUGGACUGGAUUCUGAAAAGUAUAAGGAUAAUAUGGAACUACAAUAGUAACACUGCCACUGCCACUUGUUUAACUUCAACUUUCAGGAUAUCCCUUAUGCUUAUCAUAUUUUGUAUAAGUGUGUCAGCAAACACAGAGAUGAAUUUGGCAGCUGAAGUUUCUGGCUAUACCUAUUAUGGCGAUGUGGUGCCAGUGAAAUACUUUGUACAAUCUGGGCUAUCGCACAUCAAUUUCACUAUAAGAAUAUCAAGAAAUAAACAAGAAUGUCCUUAUUACACAUCCACAAUCUUAAUUCAACAUGCUGGUCUGCCUUUGGUUUACCAAACAGAGAAUACAUUCCCAUCAAACUUUAUAACGACAGACCCAACAUUUAUUCUAGAAAUGAACCCGGAUGUCCAAAUUUCAUUUACUGUUGUCAGACCUCUACCUGGUAACUGGUUUAUCAUAGCAUAUGAUGACUAUAUUUCUAAUGAAAUCAAACAAAAGGGUAUUGAUUCCAAAAAUUGUUACUAUUCUAUCAUGUCAAGAGUGUCUUUGGGAGAUUUGGUGAAUGCUACACACAUAGACUAUGGCACUGUACAAACUCAUACCAUUGGCUCAUCAGGGAAAAUGUUUAGUUUCAAGCUACCGCAGUCAACCUACGGCUUCGAUAUUGUGAUAACUAAAUGUGUCCCCCAGGCGUGUAACGUGACAGUAUCUUACCUCCCCUCUCUACAGAACAGCAUCCAGUUGGAAUACUGUCAGGACGUCAAAAACUGUUCCAUGCAUGUGCAAUCACCAAAUGUGGAUGACAUUCAACUCAUAGAGAUACAAUACAUUGGCCUGAAAGGAUCACAGCAGGUCACUUUUUCUGUAGUUGUCCAUGGAUGUGUUCACUGGAAGUCAUCUACUGUUUCCCAAUGUAAAACUCUAUCACUGUUGGAUAGAAUGCAUGUGCCUGAGACCUACAAUAUUUACUUUGGCUACAUUUCCUCAAAUACAUUUGCCUUUAAUAAGCUGAAUCUAACCAUGGCCCCAUUGGUUGUUGUGCCAUUUUUAAUAGAAGACCCACUGGACAUAGGAGGCACCUUGAAAUUCAGGCUGCAGAUUGUCAAAUACAUUUAUGGUCUUUCCACCUACAUGCAUCUCUGUGGAGGUUUGAUCUUCAACCACUUGCCAUCUUUCAAUGGGUCAUUUGACCUUUGUACAAGCUUGCCCUUUGUCAUCAACCGCACUGUGACAGGUGUGAAUUUUUCUCAGAUUGUCCAGUAUGUACCGUAUCCGAGAGCAGGUACCUGGCAUGUAGUCCUUCAGACACAGUGUUUUGAACAAGGGACUGACAAAUCAGUAGUUUGUCCACCAAACGUCACUGCAGAAAUUAGCUUGGAGAUACAACCGUGUUUGGACAAUGGCUGUUCCAGCAAGGGUCAAUGCAAGCUUAUAGGCCAGGGGUCACAUCGCAUUGUUCUUACAGCUUGUAAAUGUGAUGCAGACUAUCAAGGCUAUGCAUGUACUGAUCCUAUAAAAGCUCAGUCAGUCCUAAUUCAAUUAGUCGCAGCUCUACUGUUAACUCUCUCCAACUUGUUUUUCUUGCCUGCCAUCAUCAUUGCUCUGAAACGUCGUUUUAUCUUAGAGGCAUGUGUCUACACUUAUACCAUGUUCUUUUCUACAUUUUAUCAUGCCUGUGACGGAGACAGACUUGCUCUCUACCGCUUGUGUAUAGCCUCAUACGAAGUUCUGCAAGCCUCAGAUUUUUUUGGCUCCUACUGUUCUAUAUGGUAUACAUUAAUAGCUAUGGCCCAGAUUAGGUUUCUAAGGCUUGCUCAUGUACUGCAAACUAUUGGUGCUUUUUUUAUAUUUGUGGGUGUUGUGUAUGAUAGGCGGAGUGUCUGUAUGAUAAUCGUCCCACUGUUGUGUGGUAUUGUUCUUAUUGGAGUAUCUUGGGGUAUAAAAAUGUAUAAGAGAAAAAAGCUGUAUCCGUCCUGGAAGCGUUACGCUUUCUUUCUUCUCCCUGGGUGUGUCUUAGCAGCUACUGGGGGCUCAGUCUUCAUCUUCUUAGAGACCACAGAGAACUACAAAUACCUUCACAGCUUCUGGCACGUGUGUGUUGCCUUGUGUAUAUGUUUCUUGCUGCCUCCCCACCCACCCAAGAAAGUUGUUCACUCUGGCCAACAGGACUUGGUAGAAUCAGAACCUCCUAACAACACCACUUCCUUUGAUGUUCCUCAACUGUCUGAGUGCCUGCCCACAAAUGAUAGCCCUCAGGCAGCUGAUAGCUCUCACAUAACCGACAGUCCACGCACUACUGACAGUCCACGCACUACUGACAGUCCUUGCACUACGGAUAGUCCCCGCACCACAAGCUCAUCCCUUGAAAGCAUGCAUAACUCUGACCAGUGAUGGCCUACAAAAGAAGGAUUACUGGACUUUUUGUGGCUUAUGUGAACUUUGUAUAGCUGUUUACUCCUAUUGUUAAGUAUCUGUAGUGAGAUGUGGGAUCAAAGGGCUCACACUGUUAGCCUAGAUCAAUAUAUUAAGAGACAUAAAGAACCCUUUUUUAGAAAGAUGAAAAAAAAAUUGAAACAUUUAACAGCUUAAUUAAGAGUUAUGCUUAAACCUAGAUAGAUCAAACUUCUUGGGAGUGUGUGGUUCACAUUCAACAUUAUCAUAUGUAAUCCAAAAAAAAAUCCACAGAGACAUAUUUAUUUACUAUUAUAUGAAACCAGUUUUAACAAGUUUGAUGUUUGACUUAAGCCUAACAUUUUAUGCUUUUCAAUUAUAAUAGUAGUCUUAUAAAAUCAGUUGUUUUUUUUGCUUAAAGUUAUUGAUAGUUUGGUUUCUACUACCAUUAGGCUCAUUCUUCUGUUUGUUUUAAUUGAGUAUUCUAUCACAUGACAGGUGCAAAACUUUAAAAAACAUAGUUAAUUAUAUUUAGACAUAUGAAUCAGAGUCAACCCACACAAGACUUGUUGUCUCUCUUCUGCAUACCCAGCCAUUCUUUCCUCACUGAAUGAUGUCUAUUCAUUGUGCAUUCUUACAAAAUGUUUUCUUCUAUAGUUCCAACUUUUGCUACUCUGAGGUUCUAUUUAUUGGUUAUGUUUUGUAAAUUUAAAGUUUUCUUUUUUGUUAACUUAAUAUUCUUGUUUAGAUUACAAUAUAAUUCAAUAUAAUUCAUUAUACUUUUAAAAAUAGUUUGAUACAUUUGAAAUGAACACUUCUGGGAUGUAUGUUCUGUUUAAAAUCUCUGAUGAUCUUUGUAUUGAAGAAUAUAGUAGUCUGCAUAGCAGGUUCUCAUACAAUAUUUUUGCUCCUAUAACCUGCAUAUGCGUAUAACUCGCACAAAUUACAACAAAAAAAAAUUUAAAAUAUACAAUCCUUAUAUGACACGCAUGUGCAAAGCACACUUGCUGUAAACUUGUCACAAUUAAUUACUGGUAUAUUAAAGAGUCUCUGCCCAUCAGUACGAUUUGCUUUCUUGAGGUUUAUAAUGAAAUGUUCAUAAAUCUUCCCAAUCUACAGUUCACAACCACACAGUGAACUAUAGGAGGUAUAAAAGACCCACCUGUAUGUCCAUAGUUUCUGUUAAGCUAUGUUUAUGAGUAAAAUAAAUUUUGUAAACCCCGCAACUUUGUAUAUCUUGCACAGCUGCCAUUUGGUUGUAAAAACUUGUAUUACCCGUGGAUUAUAUGUGCGAAAAUACGGUGAGGGUAAUACUAUGAAGUGAUUGUAUUUCUUGAUUUCAUUAGGAUAUAGAUAGAGAAAGAUAAUGUAGUGCUUGUGAAUUCAAAUGAUACUGCAUUUUUGUCAAACUCCUCUACUAACAUAAGAAAAUAACUUAGUCGGUAGUUGUUUUUAGCUUUAGCACUCAUUUCUAGAACGUAAUUAUUUAUGAAAAUUUCAACAUUUCUGUACAGUGUAAGGCCCUUUUCUAUUUCUCUGCCUUCAUGCCAUCACAUUAUGAUGUAACACUGGGACACAUACAUUCAGCCAUUUAGGUCUUGGUUACAGCAUACUCUAUUUGAUCCCUUUAAAGCAAAAUGAAUUGUGAACUAAUAGUCUUAAAAGAAAAGCUGUAUCAUUCCUAAGUGAACAUUUUCAGAAGUUGUUAAAGUUUAUCAUCCCUAAGUGAACAUUUUCAGAAGUUGUAAAAGUGACUACUUGGUGACUGAUGAGUGACUAAUGAAUGGGCUUUGACAUACUUGAUGAAAUUCUAAUGAUAAAUGCUGAGUAAUGGCUGUUUUAUUUUAGAAUAAUAGCUGUUUAAAUAUUAAAAACAAACAACCAGAUUUGACCUUUUCAAAACCAUUGGGCUAAAGGCUGUUUAUAUUUCACUGUCUCACUGUAUGUAAUGUCACUGUGACCUCAUAAUCUGAAUUGUUUAUCUUGUGUGGUGUGUGGUUUGUACAUUUGUUAGUGCCUACUUUCUGUGUACAUAAUAUUUAUGUACAGAUGAAAAUGACCAUUACCUGUAAUGUACUCUUGACUUGGAUGUACAGGUACAUAGUCCAAAGCUCAGUCCCAUUUAAACUUGUAUGUGUAUUUCAAUAUCAGUUUUUGAGAAGACUAUUCUAAUGUUGUUUGGUCAUCCAAUAUAGCAUUCUAUGUGAUUCUCAACCAGGAGCCUGGUAAUGUGUAAUAAGAAACUCUAUUGUCUUGUUUGUGUUAUCCUAACAUUCAUUCUGUUAGCCUAUAUAACAUUCAUUCUGUUAGCCUAUAUAACAUUUGUUAUGGUAUCCUACAUAACAUUCAUUCUGUUAGCCUAUAUAACAUUCAUUAUGCUAUCCUACAUAACACUCAUUCUGUUAGCCUAUAGAGCAUUCAUUAUGCUAUCCUACAUAAGAUUCAUUCUGUUAGCCUAUAUAGCAUUCAUUAUGCUAUCCUACAUAACAUUCAUUCUGUUAGCCUAUAUAACAUUCAUUAUGCUAUCCUACAUAACAUUCAUUCUGUUAGCCUAUAUAACAUUCAUUAUGCUAUCCUACAUAACAUUCAUUCUGUUAGCCUAUAUAACAUUCAUUAUGCUAUCCUACAUAACAUUCAUUAUGCUGUCCUACAUAACAUUCAUUAUGCUAUCCUACAUAACAUUCAUUAUGCUGUCCUACAUAACAUUCAUUAUGCUAUCCUACAUAACAUUCAUUAUGCUGUCCUACAUAACAUUCAUUAUGCUAUCCUACAUAACAUUCAUUACGCUGUCCUAUAAAACAUUCCCUUCCCUGAUUGAUAGUUGAACUGUUUCACUUGUUGACUUAUGGAGCCACUACCAAGAGCAGCAGAACUGUUUUAUCUUUUGAAUUCUUUUUAACUUGGAACGUUUUCUAAGAGUCAUUUCAUUGUCUUAAGUAUAAUCGACUUAUUGUACUCUGUACAAUGUUAAAAUAAUGUUUUCCAUGUCAAUGUGAUAAUAAUUUAAUUUUUUUCUUUUUUUUUUUUGCUUCUAUUUUGUAUUUUAAUAUAGUAUUAAUAACAAUACUAUUUAAUUUGUAUAGUGCUUGUUAACAAACUUAAUGGAGGCUAUGAGAACAUAUUCUUUAGUAUGAUCUAUUUUCUUUAAUGUGUAAUGGGUAGGGCAUACUUAAUGGUUGUCUGAGUUGUUCAAGUCUCAUGUGUAGAAACAUGUUUUAUGCUAUAGGGUGACUUUUAAGGUUUGUAUUGUUACUAAAAUUUAACAAAAAAUAAUCAAUCUUUUAGUGACUACUACUGUUGUUUAUUGGCAAGAUAAUGUACAAGUGACAAAUCUCAGUUCAUAUCCGCAGCAAAGACAGCCGUAACAUCAGGUAGAUCAAUGCUGUCUAGUAGUUUGGACUCCAUGGGAAUGGCAAGAUUACAUGGCAGUGGCAUAAUAUUUAAUUUAAAAAAAACAAAACUUAAGGGCCUUGUGUAUUUGCCCCCCCCCUCCCUUUCCCCUACCCUAGCUAUGCCACUUUCCUAUUUGUAGUUCUCUGGCUACUAACAUUGUCACACAUUGACAAAAAUAUCACUAGAGUUGUUGGAAAUUUUUAUUUACUUUGACUGUAAAUUUGAAGUGUUUCCAAAUCCAGGGUCUAUCCUUUCAGCUUUAUUUUCAUAGUAUAGGGGCAUUCUAAAUUGAAAAUUUACUGUUAGGGAACAAUGAAUAGUCGGCUGAGUGAUUAAGUGCUUGGCCUCCAAACCAAGGGGUCUUGGGUUUAAAUCCUGGUGAAGAAUGGGAUUUGAUAGGGUAUCCCUUGGUUCAUCCAGCUCUUAUAGGUACUUGACAUAUGCAGGAAGUGGCAUAAUUCUACUGUUAUUGAGUUAACCAAAAAUAAUUUCAUGUAUUCUUAAAGAUAUACCGUACUAGACAGUUUCCAAUAGUUGACCUGGUAUUCAAGAAUAAUUGGUCAUUUUUUAAUCCUCUCUCAUUAUCUCAAUUUUUAAAUUUUUAAACUGAAUACAUAUCAGCAUUAGGUCAAGUAUGAAAUGUCGGAAAUAAAUUACUUUUCAAAUACAACAGUAAUAAUUGGGUCUUGAUGACUGCAUUUUGUUAUAUGAAAAACUAUAACAUUCCAAAUCAUAACCCUCAAAAUGUUGUGAUAGUUUUCUAAUCUUUCAAAUGUCAAUGCAUUGUCCUAAUACAUCCAAUCCUAUCUUAAUAAUUAUCCCAUAAUUGAAUUAUGAACCAGUUGAAGGUUUUUGUCAGCAUGAGAUUGGACUGGUAAUUGUAUUGACUUUCAAACAAGGAUUAUUUGUCAAAUACCUUUUUUUAAGCCAUGCCUUUUGUUAUUAUUUCAUAUUAUAUUGUCUUUUAAUUGUUGUUUUAAGCGAUUCCUUUUUUUUUUUUUUUUUUUUUUUGUGCUGUCUCUGGUAUGGUUCUAUUCAUUCCACUUGAUUCUAUUAGUUAAAAUCAGCUUUUUUUUAAUACUUUAUUUUAUGGCCUUCCUGGAUAGCUGCCUGGUCAUAUGGUGUUCACUUGGGACUUUGAUCACCAUGUUCCAUAGUUUAAUCCAGCCCACUUUCAUCCGCUGAUGUCCUGCUUGAGGUCAGGGCUAGGACCUUAUAUUAUCUUCAUAUCCGAAGGAAUGUCAGAAAAUAAAAAUAAGAUUUCAUAAAAUUUGGAAAUGGCUAAAUUAGGAAGUAAUUUUUUAAAACUUUUUUUUUGUGCUAUUAUUUAAGUAGAUACUUUAAUAUUUAUUUAUAGUUGUGUUUGCUUUGCUUUUUCUUUUCUUUUUUUGUGGGGUAGCCAUAGUUUAUAAUUUUGAACAGACUCACUUUAAAUAUACACGACAUGAAUAAAGUCCUAGGCCUACAUAUGAAUACCCCAAUGUCCAUAAAGUCCUAGGCCUACCCCAAUGUCCAUAAAGUCCUAGGCCUACCCCAAUGUCCAUAAAGUCCUAGGCCCCUAGGGUUACUCUUCACAAGGGUCAAGUUUAGGGGGUUUAUUUUUUAAUUAGAAAAAAAAAAAUUGUUAGAAAAGAGUACCUGGCCUUAGCUGAGCAAAGUCAAAAGAUAAUUGAUAAUAGUGCUGGCCACACUCUUUCAAUAAAAUAAUGCACUAGAGAUAGCGGGACAUUCCUUGCCUUAUGCAUUGAUAAGUCUUUAUGGGAAUAUCCCCUUUAAUUUAAUGUAGAUUAUCAUGAUACUAUGUCAUUCAAUCAUCAUUUAAGAUUGCUCAGUGCUAUCUAGUCUACAUACUGGUGUGGUUCAUUCAUUAGGGGAGGGGAGUGAGGACAGGUCACUUCCAUCAGUUAGAUUAGUACUCGGCUACCCAAAGCAGUUUUAAGAGUUGGCUACCCCAAAGAAGUUUUAAAGAGUCUCUAUCAUAAUUAUUUUGUCAUGUAUGCUUCAUUUGUAAUAACUUAAUGUAAUAUUGAUUCUUUGGUCUUUCAUGUUGAUUUUAUUUAUGACUUUUUACAAAAUAAUUUUCUUCAAUUCUCAUUCUGAGCUCAAAUGUCAAUAAUGAAAAUAUAUUUGUAACUGUGAUAAACAAAUUGGUUUUAUAUUGCAAAUGAUCACAAUAAUUCAACUACAGACUUUUCUGCUCACCAUCACAAUACUUGAUACCUUCCUAGAUGAUCACAGUAACUGUGCAAUAAUUUCAUCACAUACCUUGAUCACAUGACUGAAGUUUGAUUGGGACAUUUUCUACUACAGUCAGGGAAACAACUGGACCUCUAGCCCAGUGAAUUAAAAAAAUGAUCAAAUCAUUAAGUUGAAAGGCAUGUGCAAAGUUUAUGAUAAUAGAAACAGUUAGUGCUGGAAUAGUCGCUUUAGGCUAGUAUUGACGUGUGGGCAGCCAAGCACUCGCAUAUUUACCCCCCAGGCUUUCCCCUAGCAAUUGAGAGGUCACUUCAUCUCUUAACUCUUUCUCUCCGUAAUUAUUUUCCAUGUUCCGAUGGAAUUAUUCAUUUUGCUCAUUUGUGUUUCACUACCAUGUUAUGAUUAGACUUCAAUAACUUUUUUGUUUGUUAUCAGAAAAUGUUAUAUUAGGUAUAUAAUUAUAAAAGAAUGCAUGUUGUUUAUAUAACCCAAAUUAAAGUUUAUAAAACCAAAAUUUAAUUUAAUGGGAUCAAAUCAACAUUGGUAGUGUCAGUUAGGAGAGAAAGAGUUAAGUUGCAAAGGAAAAAGAUAAUCCAGUUAGGAGAGAAAGAGUUAAGUUGCAAAGGAAAAAGAUAAUCCAGUUAGGAGAGAAAGAGUUAAGUUGCAAAGGAAAAAGAUAAUCCAGUUAGGAGAGAAAGAGUUAAGUUGCAAAGGAAAAAGAUAAUCCAGUUAGGAGAGAAAGAGUUAAGUUGCAAAGGGAAAAGAUUGUCUUUCGAGAUGUAAAAAAGUCACCAAGUCAUUAGGAGAUGCACCCACAGUUCAAUAUUUUGUUCCAAUCCAAACACAUGAUUUAAAUUAGAAUAUUUAUAUAGUGUGAAAUCCCUCUCCUCCAAGGUACACUGAAACACUAAUUGACAUGUUCAAUGAAUGUAUCUCUUCAUAUUGUGUUCUAUUUCAUGUUGUCAAAUAAUCUCUGUGUCUGAGUACACAUGUAUUCUAUUGAAAAUUGUGUUCUGUAAACAUAAUUAAACAAAAUUCCUUUA